AUGGCACGGAUGCAAAUCGUUCCUCUGCUCCACGGGUCUGGCUAUCAAGUGCAGAGCCAGCACCGCCAUGCAGCGUUGUCUCGUCGAGCCGUGUUCGACCUUGUCGAUAUCCCCCCGCUUACGUCAGCCACUUUCACAUGUGAAUUGGCCAGCUCCAGGCCAAAGGAGUCGCCAAUGGCCUUUGCGCAAACCGCUGAAUUGGCUUCCAUCGCCAUCAGUUCUGACGCUGAUACACGCAAGCACGGCAUCGCAUUCCUGCUGGGCUCGAGCAAUGGACGGGCGUCGAUAACCCGUAUCAAAGAAAAGGCAGUUCUGCACUGCCAGCAACCCCUCAUUGGCACCCAGCCUGUUAAACUCACAUGCAUCAAUUGCAUCAUCUCGUCCACAGGUGGGCCAACGCCCCAUGAGCUGCCAGCACAAAGCAGACAACUAGCUUUCGAAACCAUGCCAUGGAACAGCGAGAUGUCUGUGAUGUUGAUAGAAGGCCAGGUACCUCCUGCGUCGAAUCACCCGCAGUGA